AUGUCUGAACGAGGUUCGUUCCGCGGCGGUCGUGGUGGUGGCCGUGGUGGCGGUCGCCAGCAGCAGAAAACUGGCGGUGGUAACGCCCAACAAGAGAAGCCUAAGAAGGAGAAUAUCCUCGAUCUAGGCAAGUAUAUGGACAAGGAGGUCCAAGUGAAGUUCAAUGGUGGCCGUGAAGUUACCGGUAUCCUGAAGGGCUAUGACCAGUUGAUGAACCUUGUCUUGGACGACGUCAAGGAGACGAUGCGCGAUGACGCGGGUAACCAAACCACCCGCUCCCUGGGCCUGAUCGUUGCCCGUGGCACUCUCAUCGUGCUCAUCUCGCCCGCCGAUGGCAGCGAGGAAAUCCCCAACCCCUUCGUGCAGCCGGAGGAGUAA